CCCAGUUUGAAUCUUCCCGCCAUUCAUUUUACUAUAAAUAAAUUAGCGUGGAGAUUCGUUUUCAUUUGUCUCUGCUCCCAAAACCGCGCAAAAGUCGUAAACAUGGCUCCAGGAGUCAAAAAGGGGGGUCCGACUGCCCUUCAAACGGAAGUGAGGACUGAUGAUGAAUGGCAGGAGGUUCUGAGCCGCGAAGGCCUGGUCCUAGUCGACGUUUACUCCGAGUGGAGUGGACCGUGUGCCGCCAUGAUAUCUACGCUCAGAAAAAUCAAAAUGGAGGUGGGGGAUAUGUUAAGUUACGCAGUGGCUCGGAACGAUGGUAUCCAGGACCUCGAGCGGUUCCGGGGGAAGUCGGAGCCCACGUGGAUGUUCAUUGAGAACGGAAAAAUGGUGAAUCUCUUUUUUGGAGCGAAUUGUCCGAGAUUUACAAAAUUUCUCCUCGCUGAGGUCAGGCGGGUGCAGGAGGGAGAGGAGCCCGGUUGGUCACUUCCUGUGAGCGAGAGAGGGCCCGAGGAGAGUGUGAAGUUCGCUCGAGAAGAGAAAAUCAGGCAAUCCCUAAUGAACAAGCAGCUCGCCAAGAUCGAGGGGGAGAAGCGUGCGGUCUACGAAUCGUAUCUCUACUACAUGAUGUGCGAGCUAUCAGAGGAAACAAUACUGAUGUUGUACCCCUGGGUGUUUCUCGACGACGCCGGGUACCCAAAAGACAAAGACAAGUGUCCGCCAUACAAGGAGUUGAUUUACGGCCUCCUUCCUGACCGUUUCGAUGUUCUCGAGCAAAGUAGAAUACAAUUGACCGAGGACAUGAUCAAGAAUAUGUUUAUCGAGACUGACAUUCUUAUCACUCAUGAUAUGAUCGAAGGUCUGGUGGAGAACAAAAUAUUAGCCAUGCGGCUUAAGGCUCGGCCCCCACCCUCCGAUUGGCCCGUUCCCUACCCCUUCAAAUGCCCGGAGGAAGAUCAGAAGUGCCCGAUGAGGGCGAUCAACGAUGUUGAGAAUUUCCUGGCCCUUAUUCUGGAGGAACAACCCUCUGGGGAAGACAAGGAAGGGGAAGUGGCCCUCAGCUACGUCGAAAGGCACACGUGCGAGGUUAGACGAAAUGAGGGGGAGGAUGAAGAGGAGGAGGGGAGGGAUGUGGUGUAUCCUGCUAUUUUCUACCCCCCACAAGCCAGGAAUAAAGUGCACGUGUUCAAGACAUUGUUCCCGGCUUAUUUGGAAAAAUCUCAUCCUUAUGAGGAGCCAGUGAAGCUCGCACCCUUGUGUUCAUUCAAAUUUGAAUCGGUUCAAGGGAAAAUCGUUUUGGAGCUUUACAAUCAGUUUUUGGAGGUUGUAGAGAAGUUCGGGGUGUUCGAGUUUGAUGACUGGAGGGCGAGGCGAAUAGCAUCGGCUCCCGAGGAUUUUAUCGACAAGAUUCAAACGAAAACUGGAAACGAGAUUUUCUUGUUCGUCAUUCGUCGAGUCGACGAAGACACUUUUCUAUCGUUCGCUGGGAGCGAUCCCCUCGAAAUAGAAGAGGACGAGGAAAAAGUCAAUGAAAUUCUGGAUUUCUUCUUCCCUGAGGGCGCUCAUGACUAUAAUCCUGAUUUAGUUCAUGUUGAUGACACUUACGAUGAAUACUUCGACGCAAAUGAUGAGGAAGAGAAUUAUUAUGAUGAAGAAUUUCUGGAGAAUCAUAAAUUUUCAAUUUACUGAUCCUUUGCCAACCCAAAAUGAGAAAAAAGCAAGAAAAUGAUUUUUGAAAAUUUUAGAAACUUGUUAAAACACAAAUGGAAUAUAUCUCUUAUAUAUUAUAUGUUAAUUAACUCUAAUGAUUAAAACAAAUCUGGACUCCUUGAAUUUUUUAUUGGAAACACUUUUUUUAGAUUUUUUCAAAAUUUAUCAAAGAGAUUUAUCCAGAGAAUUUUUUUUCAUUAAUUCUGAACAUCUUCACUCAUGACUAGAAUGGAAUUACGCAAACAAUUACACAAUAACUCUCAUGCUGCAAAAAACCGAAGACAAAUAAACAAACGUUGAGACACGAGUGAAAAAGAGGGAGCGAGACUGACUAGCAUCAAUCACACUCUUACAUUCCACCUUUGUCUUGAAAUUUUUUUUCCACAUUUUAGUCCUUCACUCCCCCCUCCAUUUUUAUUAAUCGACCAUUUUACCACAUG